AUGCAGAAAUUAAAAUCAAAAGUAUUUGAAAAAUUUCAAAUUGAAAACAAAAUGCAAAAUGUCAAAGCCCUGCCCAGGAAUCCGGCAUUUCAAACGGGUGUUGCUGCUUUAAUAUCGGUGGGAUUAUUAUCAUGGAUACACAUACGACCCUUGGGCCUGAUAUUUUUGGUGAUAUUUGGAUUUUGGUUCUAUAAAAAUCGCUGUAAUCUACGCAUACAAAUACCACCGGAAUUAGAAAAACACCUGCAAUUGGUGCAACAACGUAUUAUCGAAUUUAGACAAACUAAACCAACAAUGUUUUGUGCCAUAGCUUCAGGUUGUUUGGCAGCAUUGGCUGUAGUGGGUCACUUGGUAUCCGGGUCCAUGGUGGUAUUGACGGGUUUAAUAGUAGCGGCCAUAAUAUCAACAAAAUACAAUUUUAAAAUAAUUAAAAUUGAACCAAAAGAUCUAGAUUUUGCCUGGUCCGAAAAGUUACAGCAACAAGACUAUGAACUAGAUGAUGAAUUUAUGCCCGAGGUAAAUGAAAGUAAUUUAUUUGUUUUGGAAAGAGCUAGUGAUUUGGCCUCUCUAACAUUACCAACCGAGGAUGGCGAAAAUGAUGAGGAUAAAAGUGAUGAAAUACCUUCAGAACUCUUGAUACCAGAUUCUAUACCAGAAAUCGAUGAAAAUUCCACAGACGAUGAACAAGAUGAUUUACUGCCCGUGGUGCAGGUCUCGAAAUCAGAGACACACAUUAAGAACUCCCUACCCGCCUCAGAUGCGUCAGUUAAAUACUCACAGUCUGAAGAUACUAUAGAAUUUAAAAAGGGUCACUUUAAGCGUGACUCCUCACUAUCGACCACUUCUUCAUCGUCGGAGGAAAGUCUUUCGAAAGGCCUACAAUUCCCCGAUCACACCGCCGUUGAUGGUCCCUCAAAGUCUAGGACUUCAACAUCGACAGUGGUGGCCAGACCUGGUGCAGCGGGGCAGCUCGAGGCUAACGAUUUAGUGGCCAUGGCUGUUAAGUCUCAAACUCAAGCUUUUCUGGCCAAUAGCAGUAAACUUAUACCUACCCUUAUGUCGGGUUUGGUUCAGGGAGUUUUGGGUGUGGGUGCUGGAGGUUUGUCCACACAAAAUGCUCCUAUACACGAUUCUACACACAGACGUCUUGUCACCGCUUUAGAUUCAUCCGAUGAGAGUGAUUUUGAGAUAUUAGAAGAAGAAGAUUGUCAAUAAUUUGUAUUAGGUGGUCGCAACCAAAAGAAAUUUAAAAUAGAAA